AUCAAGGGGUUCCAACUUCCAAGUUGAAGGUUCCCUUUGGAAUUGGCAAAAACCAGAAGGCAAAAUGUUAGGGUUCAUGACCUUCUCACACACCCAUCUAAUUCCGUCAAUUUCUAUAUCGAAUCUGAUUCCAAAACAACAAACACGGUUUCCAUAUAUCUGUACUGACGAUUUACCAUGUUUGAAAUCGAGGAGAAAGAACCCUAGAGGAUUCAAGACGUCUUUUUCAGUAGAUAAAGAAGAAUUGAGCGAAAAACCGAAUGGUGGAAAUGAAGAAGAAGAAGAAGAUAUGAAGAAAAAAGGAGGAGAUGAAAAGCCGCGAUUCAAUUUGAAGUGGACCGAGUUGCUGUUUGAUCCGGAUCCGGAUAAUGUGGUGGCAGUAGGGUUAACCGGAGUUUUGGCGUGGGCGAGUGUACAAGUUUUAUGGCAGCUGUUCGUCAUAUCGUUUGCGAUACUGAUUGCUGCUGUCAAGUACUCUUUUAUCGCUGCUCUGCUUAUCUUCAUUCUUAUUACUUUGCUUUGAUUCUGAUCCUCCCUCCCUUGAAAAGUCUACAUCUUCUGUUAUCAUCCAUAGUUUGAUGAUAAUCGUAUAUAAAUUUUUGAUUUGUUGCUUCAUAUCGGUUUUGUAAUCAUUUUGUUUUAUAUUUCGAUAUGCACGCUCUCUGUAUGAAUCCAAUAGAUCAUAUUAUCUCAAAUCCUUUGCUAGAUAAAGAUUGAUAUGAAAUUUCAUGUAA